ACUCCACAAACUUUGGCUCUUGGAUCUGAAGCUGCAGAUAAAAUGAAGGGGACGCAGAUGAAGGAAGGGCAAGAUGGCAAGAAAGAGAAGGCAAAUGAGGAGGUGGUCCAGCUUCGGAGGGAGAUCGGGCUGCUGCCUGCAGCGUGCUUCAUCAUUGGGACGGUUGUGGGCAGUGGGAUCUUCAUUGCACCAAAGGGAGUCCUGAUUAACAGCGGCAGCGUGGGGCUGUCCCUGCUGGUGUGGGCGCUGUGUGGAAUCCUCUCACUGUUUGGAGCCCUGUGCUACGCUGAACUCGGCACCAGUUUCACUAAAUCUGGGGGUCACUACACCUAUCUCCAUGAGACGCUGGGGCCCCUCCCUGCUUUCCUGCGACUCUGGGUGGAGUUCUUAUUCAUCAGACCAGCUGUAGCUUCUUAUGUUUCCCUGGCUUUUGGACGUUACGUGGUGGAGCCGUUUUUCGCUCCUUGCGCCGCUCCCAUGGCACUUAUCAAACUCGUCAGUAUUCUCGGACUGACGUUUGUCGUAGCAGUGAACUGCUGGAGUGUCAGCAUGGCCUCUCGCAUUCAGGUUACUCUGACCUUUAUUAAGAUGUUCGCUCUGGUCCUGAUCAUUGUUCCGGGCGUCAUUGCGCUCAGCAAAGGAAACACAGAAAAUUUCCAGAAUGGCUUUGAGAUGGACUCGCUGACGCUGGAUCGGUUGCCGUUGGCCUUCUACAACGGCCUAUACGCUUAUGGAGGAUGGUUUUAUCUGAACUUUGUCACAGAAGAGGUUAUAAACCCGAACAGAACUAUCCCGCUGGCCAUCAUCUGCUCCAUGGUGACUGUGACCGUGUUUUACGUGCUUGUGAAUGUGGCGUACUACACCAUGAUGACCCCCACCGAGCUGCUGCUGUCCGACGCCGUGGCCGUGACGUUUGCCAACCGUGCCCUGCAGGGACUGGCCCCUGCAAUCCCCAUCCUUGUGGCCUUGUCUUGCCUUGGAGCGCUGAACGGCGGCUUCUUUGGGUCCCCCAGGAUGCUGUUCGUGGGUGCCAGGGAAGGCCACUGGCCGCCCAUCUUUUCUAUGAUUCACAUCCGCAGACGCACACCUUUACCUGCUGUCCUGUUCCUGUACCCUUUGGUGGUUUUGAUGUUAAUCACUGGAGAGAUUUAUCAGCUCAUCAACUUUGCCUCUUUCUCUCGCUGGUUCUUCAUUGCCUUGGCAACCUUGGGGAUGCUCAUACACCGAUAUCGCUUCCCUCAUCACCCAAGACCUUUCAAGGUGCCCUUGGCCAUUGCUGUCACCUUCACAGUGGUCUGCUUCUUCAUCGUGGGCCUCUCGCUUUACUCCGACCCCUGGAACACGGGGAAAAGCUGCGCUCUGACGCUGAGUGGGGUGCCGGUCUACUACGUGACCGUCCACCGCUUUCGCCUGCCUCACGGGUGGAGGAAGAUUUUCAACUUCUGCAGCAAGAAGCUGCAGAUCCUUCUCGAGGUGGCUCAACAGGAAGUGCAGACAUACUAACAGCUUCAGAAUCAGAGGCAUCAUGUUUUCUACCGACAGACCUCUUGAAAGUAUUUGUUUUAUACUAAAAACACUUUUGAAAUAACUUUUAGAGAAAAUACUUGAAAGAUGUGAAGCUAUGCUGGAACCAGAGGAAUGUGACUUCAACAAGACAAGCAGACGCUCCAAUUUACUGUGAAUUUGAGUUUUUAUUAGUUUUUUAAAUGUUUAAAGUUUUGCUCAAGAUGCUGAUAUGUUUACAUAGGUCUACGGGAACUAAUAAAGCUCUUUUUAUGAA